AGCUGAUGCAGUCGUUGAGCACCAUAAGAUUCAAAGCCGCUGCAACCACAGGACGAGCUCGACUUGCGAAUCUUGUAUCGUGCCCUGACUCAAGAGUGGAUCCUUCCUCAUCCACCAGUUUCCUGCUCUGAAACAAUUUGUGUGGAAGAGAUUCGAUCCUUUUCUCCGGAGGCCUCGAGCCCUGUUCAACAUCGAGUCAAUGAUGCUCAAGCUUCUACCCGAGAUGCUGCAGGAAUCAAUACUGCUGAAAUUGAAUCCCAUCGACCGACUAGCCUGUGCCUCGGCAUGUAGCCAUUUGGCGGACCUCUUGACCACACCGACCCUGCUCAAGGAUUUCUGGUUCACAAUUCGAGGCUCCGAUGCAGCAGCAGCUUCAGACAUGUUAAGGAGUCGACGCCGGUAUUGGAGACUCCACAUUCAAGACGCUCGAUUGAGCUUAUUCAACGACGUUUUCUGGUCGAAAGUUGGCGAGGAUAUCCGCGAACUGAGAAUCACCUCGUGCCGAUGGUCAUCCGAGGUUUUCUACAACAUACUCCGGCAAUGCAGAAAGCUAGAGUCUCUCGAGUUCGAAGGUGAAUGGUGGAGUGAAUCCGAACCCGCGCUCCUACCUCCGGAUGAGACUUUCAGAGAGCCGAUUCUCUGUCUCAGGCAUCUGCAUUUGCGGAUAGAAUGCACCAGAGAAGCGCUCGCACAAUUUUUGGGACUGAUUCCCAACUUGACAUCAUUUUUCCUUUCCAGUUUUCCCACGGUGCCCGAUGAACUGGCGUUCGAUAUUAACAGUUUGUUGGGCACCAAGCGAAAACUGACGAGAUUUGGAAUCAGACAAGUAGAUAUAAACGACGCAAGCAUGGUUCAGAUCCUCGCGAAAUAUUCAGAGACCCUCGAAGAUCUGCGAAUACCCUGUGGCUCCCAAAUCACGCAAAAGACGCUCGAUGCCAUCAGCAAGUGCAAGCGGUUGCGCCAAUUGUCCCUCGAAAGAAUCAGAGAAGAAGUUGUCGAAGACCGUCAUCUAGAGAAAAUCUUGCUCGAGUGCCACGAUCUGGAAAUUCUGAAUGUGUAUUUCGGGGAUUUCCCCAGAACAGGUUACUUGAGGUACAUCGAUCGACCCAAGAAGCUGAGGAAACUGUGUCUGGGCGAUCGCAUGAGUUUUGGAUGGCUUGACGUCUUGCAAAGGACUUCUGCUCUGCAGGAAUUGGAGCUGAACAUGGCCGAUGACACAAUCGAAGACUACCGGAAGAUAGCUCGCUUGACGGAACUUCGAUGCCUGACGUUGCUAGGCAAGGGUCCCUCCCCUGAAUGCUUCGGUUGCCUCGUCGAGAACUUGAAGAAUUUACGAGAUUUCAGGCUUCAUUGUACGAAUCUCACGGAUACCGAUGGAAUUAAAUUCCGCCUUCUGAAGAAUCUGCGGAAACUGUCGAUCGUUGGCGCUGCUCAGAUCACAGAUCGAACAUUCGAAUUAGGGCUCGGAUCGCCAAGUCUCGAGAAACUCGUCAUAGUUGAGUCACCGCUCACUGAUGACGGGCUUGUUGGUAUAGCCAUGUAUCAUGCACGUUUGAUCGAAUUCUGUCUGGUUCUCAUCAAAGACAUGGAGCACGAAAUCAGAUGGCCUUUCCCCGACGAAGAUGAGCUCGUGAGAGAGCACCUCGUUCUCAUGCAACAACAACAACAAUUGUUCAUUCCGGUCAUGCAGGAGCAGCUGUUGUUCUUGCAGCAAGCUCAGCGGCAAGACCUCGACCGGUUUCGAGCCCUGAUCCAACAACAGCAACUCCAGCUGGAGCAAUAUCGCAAGAGAUUCAUCCUCUACAUGGAUUACGCACAGCAACGGGGACGUAAAGAAGAACGCACCAUAGCGCUCGUGGAGCACCAUUUCUCAGUAGUUGAUCAGCUCCAAAAACGGCUUUCGUACGAAAUGGAAUACCAACAGACGUUGCAACAGCAGCUGAAUUCACAGCAAUCGACGUCGAGUGCCCGCGACGGGAGUGAUUUCGAACGAGAUUAUUCGGUGAUCCGGGACCAACUUUUCAUAUUGGAGCAGUACCAGCUCAGAUUGUUUGGGAUGAUGGAGCAAGAGGGCCAGGAGAGACAAAUACAGAAACAACUGUUGUUAUUGCAAGAGCACGGUCACGUUCAGCAGCAGCAGAAUGAGUUCGUUCCACUAUUGCAUGAGCAGUUACUCCUGUUACAACGGCAACGUUCCGUUCUUGGACGGCAGCCGCAGCAAGCUCACGAGAGGGACCGGGUGCUUUCCGUGGUCAAGCAGCAGCUCUUGAUCUUACGACAGUACCAGGAGAGACUUUUCUCGAUCGUCGACAAGACAUCGGAACUCCUGCUCCUCGAAAAACAUCAACAGCAAAUAAUCGCCAUCAUGCAAGAGCACCUGUUAUUACUGCAACGGCAGCAGCACCGUCAACAACCUCAGGAGCAGGAGAGAAUCUAUUCGGUAUUACAGCAGCAGCUACUAACUCUGAAGCAGUGCCAAGAGAAACUAUUUUCGUCCCCGUAG